CUUGAGGUAGUGCUUGUGAUAGGGUUGUCCGAUUAGGUUGUUGAAUUCACAGCUGCCUAUCAGAGAGCCCACUCGAACAGUGCGCCUCUCUCCGCAGUCAGAAACCCCAAUUCGAAAUCUGGGUGGUGUUGUAAAUUCCAUUCGAGCAACAACCCCCUCCAUCUUCGACCCUCCAACUCAACCACACAGCCUCCGAGCUCGCAGCGCUGCACAACAAAAGACACGGCUCAGUGCACGGGAGCAAUUCUCUGAACAUUAUCAAUUGAACGUCUACGACAAUGGUGGUCCUCGCAGCGUCGAUAUGCACGCGAGGCGGCAAGGCCGUCCUCUCACGCCAGUUUCGAGAGAUGCAGCGCUCUCGUAUCGAGGCCCUCCUCGCCUCCUUUCCCAAGCUCGCCGACAGCAACACCCAGCACACCACCUGCGAACAGGACAACGUGCGCUAUGUAUACCAGCCCUUGGACGAGCUGUACAUGGUGCUGAUCACCAACCUGCAAUCCAACAUCCUGCAGGAUAUCAACUCGCUACACCUCUUCGCCCAGGUUGUUUCGUCAACAUGCAAGUCUCUCGACGAGCGCGAGAUUCUCAGGAACGCUUUCGAGCUUCUCACCGCCUUCGAUGAGAUCGUUACAUUGGGAUACAGGGAAAACCUCACCAUGAGCCAGAUCAAGACCUUCUUGGAUAUGGAGUCACACGAGGAGCGCAUCCAGGAGAUUAUAGCACGGAACAAGGAGCUCGAGGCUUCAGAGGAGCGCAAACGCAGGGCCAAGCAGUUGGAGAUGCAGCGCAAGGAGAUGUCGAGAUCUCAACGCGCUGGAGCUGGAGGUAUGGGAGGUGGAAUGGGCAGUGGCAUGGGCGGUGGCAUGGGCGGUGGCAUGGGACGCCAGUCAUCGUAUCCUGCAUUCACACCCAGCGCGCCUACACAGACGGUCCCAGACACGUACGACAGCUACGAGGCGUCAAAGAAGGCACCAGCGAAGCCGCUGGCAUUGGGCAAGAAGGGUAUGCAACUCGGCAAGAAGAACAAGACAAACAGCGCAUUCGACCAGAUCGCUGGAGAUCUACCACCCGAGAGCGAACCCCUCGUCGCACCCAAGGCUUCAGCACCCGCCGCUGUAGCCCCAGCCAGCGCACGUCAGUCUACCUCGACUGACCGUGAAGCUAUCCACAUCACCACCAACGAGACCAUCUCCGCGCGACUUGAUCGUGAAGGUCUGCUGAAAUCGUUCGAAGUCAAGGGUGAGAUGCAGCUCAAGAUCACCGACGCAUCCCUCACACAAGUCAAGCUUGACCUUCAGACCGGCGACACAAGGGGCGCACAGCUGAUGACACAUCCCAAGGUCGACAAGACUGUCUUCAGGAACGACAAAGUCAUCCAGCUUGCAGACACCACAAAGGGCUUCCCCUCAAACAUGGGCAUUGGUGUCAUGAAGUGGAAGCUCGCACCAAGGCCCGACGAUGUCUCGGACCCGCCAAUCACUUUCCGCGUCUGGGUCGAGGAGUCGGGCAGCACAUUCAACAUCACUGUUGAGUACGAGCUUACUGGCAGCGAACCGCUCAAGGACGUCACAGUCACCAUCCCAUACGAAACUGACGAGCCGAACGUCGGCUCCUUCGACGCGGUGUACGAGGUCAGCGGCGACAGCAUUGAGUGGAACAUUGGCGCUGUUGAUGAGAGCAACAGCUCUGGCAGCUUCGAGUUCGAGGCACAGGCUGGCAGCGAUUCUGAGUUCUUCCCUAUGCGUGUAAGGUUCAGCAAGAGCACGCCAUUCGUUGAUGUUGAUGUCUCGAACGUCACACUUCUCUCCAUGAACCAGGACAUUGGCUUCACCAAGGACGUCAAGUCCAUCGCUGAUGUGUAUGAGAUUGCAUGAGCGUAACAUGGACUUCUACGAGCUUGCGAAUUCUUGGUGGGUGUCGGAAAAGCAUAGAUUAGAGCGGAAUCUUCUGAAUGUAACGAGCGACUUCAGCU